GAAUUUGGGAAUUAAUGGGAAGAGGAGCCGCAUUUUCACUGCGGCCCUCUUCUGCUCCAGCAGCGUUUCCGCGGCAGCCCCCGGUUACGCCCUCAUGGCAGCCGCCCGAGGCCGCAUCGCCGCCUUUCUCACCGACGCCGCCUCCCGUCUCAGCCACAUACCUUGGCGGAGUAUCGGAUCGGACGCCCUCGACCGCGCCUCCCUCGUCGUCAAGGCCGCUUGCUUCGUCCACGUCGUCAACACCUACAUCGUCGGCAUCGCCUUUGUGCGAGGUCCCAGCAUGCUGCCCACCAUCAAUCUCACCGGUGAUGUCGUUGCCGUCGAGAGAAUCACUCCGAGAAGGGGUACUGUUGAAGUCGGAGACGUUGUCAUCCUCAUUUCGCCGGAGAACCCGAGGAAGACCGUCGCGAAGAGAGUAGUGGGUCUUCAGGGAGACGCUGUCACUUUCCUGGUCGAUCCCAUCCAUGGGAACGCUACACGUACAGUGGCGGUGCCGAUGGGGCAUGUAUGGGUGCAGGGUGAUAACAUAUAUUCUUCAAGAGAUUCAAGGCAAUUUGGUCCUGUUCCUUAUGGGCUCAUCCAAGGGAGAGCUUUCUGUAAGGUGUGGCCACCUGAAGCUGUUGGAUUCAUAGGAGAAAAAUAUUAGAAAGAAUGGAGGUGUUUGCCAUCCAAAUCUACUAGAGUAGUGAUUCUUGCCAACUUUUUCUGAAUGGUAUAUGUUAGCUAUUCUUUCCGUAAACAAAUUUGGCAUGGAGAUAGCUUGAGUAGGAAAUUUAAGGGAGAGUGAAGAGGAGGAUCAUAGAUUUGUAUGAAGGAUAAGCUUUCUCCAAAAGCUAACGUGCUAUCCACAAUGAGUAUAAACAUUGUGUUUGUAAUCGACUCCCGCUGACUUAUUUGCUGGCAAAAUUUGUCAGGGAAUUGCCUGGUAUAUUUGUGAAGCUUGCUUUGUUUCUUCCUGGAUUUUUUAGUACACUUUUUUUGUUGAUUGAUCCAUGUUCCAACAUGCGGCAUGUAUAUAAAUCUUGUUACAAGCCUAGCUGCUCACGCAUUGCGUGGUUUGAGGUUUAACAUUUUGACAAUUUGAAAUGAUAGUAAUUAAGUUAUUUACCAGACUAGCUCUUUUCUAAUUGAGUUUAUUAGUGUCCAAGUUUAUUUAUUAUAUAUUAUUAUUGAACAAAUAUAAAUGACUUUUUAUGGAAUCAAUCUAUUAACGUUUGAUUUAUUUAUGAACUACAGCUUUACAUAUCCAAAGAAGUAAACUGUUGGUGCCCGUUGAAAUUCAUUGAAGCAAGCUUGAAUUGCAUUUUCCAAUUAAUGAUAUAAGGGAACUGUUGAGACGGUGUAAAUGUUCAGGUAUCUUUCAAAGUAAAUUCAAAAGGCAAAAACAUGUUCAUCAUGGAUUGUGUGAAACUACUCCUGCAAUAAUUGAAAAUAUUUGAUGGGAA